UUUCCUAGAAUGUUGCUGUUGAAUUUCUUUCAUACUGUCUACCACCUUAGAGCUGGAUGGAUACUCCACUUCACAUAGUAUGGCUGCCAGAUGCCCUCUGUGACCUCUCUCCAUUAUCAGGUUGUGUUUUAUUUAAACAUCAGUUUGUUGAUGAUUAAAGUGUCGGCUUGGUAGUUAGUUUUCCUAUGUCCUGUGGACAGACACUAAGCACAAUGGCAUUCCAUUGUAACAUGAUAUGACGGAUGGAAAUUAGAAUCUUCUGUCAUAGCGGCUAUUUCUAGUACACCAUUUGUGGGUUUUUUUUUUGUCAUGUCAAACAUACAAAUCUCACUAACAUAAGACAGGAUUUCCUGAUCAUCACUUAGGUUUGUACUCUAUCUAGUGGGGUUUCCCAGUCUGCGGCUAUGAGGUUCUGUGUGGAGGCUUAGCAGCAAGCAUGCUUUAUGUAUACAGUGUGCUGCACCUAAGGAUGAACGUUCUCUGCAGACCAAACAGGUGUUACAGGCUGUGUAAGCACAUGAUGAAACAGAUCCAGGGGACGUGUGGAGUUAACAAAAAAAAAAAGGAGUGAGAGGUGGUUUCAGUGUCCUCCCACCUGCCCAUGGCUGAGAUUCUGCUAGCCUGGUCCCACCUCCAUUCCUGCCUGAUUGGGUGCUAGGGAGGCCUUUGCAGGAGGUGCCACUUAAUCUGGAAAUAGCUACUAUGUGACAGCUCGGAGACUCUCUUGAGUGCUGUCACAGACCUUCUGCAAGUGAUGACAUAUGUCAACAGGGGCAGUAGCUACUGAAACAGAUUUCUGGCUUGUGAUCAUAGUCUUGCUGAGUAAAGUUCUUGUGAAUGUUAAAUUAAAUGACUUCCUCACAAACCUGUAAGUCUGUCAUCCAAUAGUUAUCAUCACUAUCUAAGCUAUUCAUUCAUGUGCACUUGGAGGUACUAUUUGCAUUGAAUACUGGACCUGGGGACACCUUGGCGAUCGAUUGCACAACAUCUCCCGCAGACACUUUCUCACUAUUUGGAACAUACUUAAACAGUGAUCUGCGGAUUACUUGCUGGACAGUUGAAACUGCAGCUAUCAGUCCUUUUGGCUGUCUGCUAUAUCUUUGCCAUGCAUUUUCUUUGAGUGGCUUCUUGUUCAGUAAUCUUCAUUAGACCAUAAUUAUCAUUUUUAGAACCCCUGAAUAGUAAUGUUCUUUCUACGAUGGAGAAUAGGGAGCGAUUUAAGAAUGCUCCCAUGGAUCUUUACUUCCUCUUCUGGAAAACAGCACAUCCAUCGCCGUCACUUUGGAGAACGGACGCUGGGGACACCUGAAGGAGCACCUGAAAGCAAUAAAGAGAUAAUUGCCAGCAGCAAGCGCCUCACCAAGCUUCUCUUCUACACAAUUUCUGAGGGAAAGGAGCAGCUUCCAGUCAACAAGUUUAUUAAUACACUGAAAGCGAAUGGAUUGCUUACGUCAGACCCCAGACUGAAGGACUGUAUGAACAUCCUCCAUCAAACUGUGCAAGAAUCAAUUCUAGGAGCAACAAUGGACCUAGAAAACUUUGAAAAGUGUGUUCAUAGUAACAUUGUGUUACUGACUCAGCUUGUUUGCAAAAGGUUUGUGAUUCCAGACUUUGAGCAGUUCACGUUACAUAUAAACCAGCUGUAUGAGAAUGCCUGCAGCAUAGAUAAAGGGGAGGUGGCUAACUACAUUCCUCAGCUCGCCAAGGUCAGCCCUCAGCGGUGGGGCGUAUCUCUCUGUACAGUGGAUGGACAGAGACACUCAGUGGGAGACACGGAUAUUCCUUUUUGCCUUCAAUCUUGUGUGAAGCCACUAAAAUAUGCCAUCGCUCUGAAUGACCUUGGCACAGAUUAUGUUCAUCAGUACAUGGGCAAAGAGCCUAGUGGUCUUCGAUUUAACAAGUUAUCAUUGAAUCACCAAGAUAAACCGCACAACCCCAUGGUGAAUGCUGGAGCAAUUGUCAAUUGUUCAUUGAUUAAACAAGGUUCUACCAAGGCUGAAAAGUUUGAUUAUAUUAUGCAGUUUCUGAAAAGGAUGUCAGGAAAUACAUACACUGGCUUCAACAACUCAACGUUUCAGUCCGAAAAGGAGACAGGAAAUCGAAACUUUGCCAUCGGAUAUUACCUCAAGGAGAAGAAGUGUUUCCCCUCUGAUGCUGACAUGGUGACUGCUCUGGAUCUUUACUUCCAGGUGUGCUCCAUUGAGGUGACCUGUGAAUCAGGGAGUGUGAUAGCUGCCACACUGGCUAAUGGUGGCAUCUGCCCCAUCACAGGAGAGCGGGUUCUGAGUGCAGAAGCAGUGAGAAAUACCUUGAGUCUUAUGCAUUCUUGUGGCAUGUACGACUACUCUGGACAAUUUGCCUUUAACGUUGGAUUGCCAGCCAAAUCUGGUGUAUCAGGAGGUAUACUAUUGGUGGUUCCCAACAUUAUGGGGGUGUUCUGUUGGUCUCCUCUUCUGGACAGAAUUGGUAACAGUAUACGAGGGAUUGAUUUCUGCCAACAAUUGGUUUCCAUCUUCAAUUUCCAUAAUUAUGACAACCAACGACACUGCGCUCGAAAACUGGAUCCCCGCAAAGAGAUAAGAGAAAUACAGCACAAGACUGUGGUGAACCUUCUAUUUGCGGCUUAUAGUGGUGAUGUAUCUGCUAUAAGGAGAAUUGCUCUGUCUGCCAUAAGCAUGGAUCAAACAGAUUAUGACUCUAGGACAGCCCUACAUGUGGCAGCUGCUGAAGGACAUUUGGAUGUGGUCAAGUUCCUCACAGAAGACUGCAGAGUUAACCCAUUUAUAAAAGACAGGUGGGGUAACACCCCUUUGCGAGAUGCUGUGCGGUUUGAGAGACAUGACGUUGCGAACUUACUGACUGAAUACCAAGAAGAAUAUGCGAGAAGACACAGUGCGGCAGAGAGUUCAGAGGAACAGAUGUCUUUGGACAUUUUGAAGAGCAUGGUGUAGAGAUCUUUAUUACAGAUGCCCUUCUGCAGUUUAUAACUGAUACACAUCCUUGUGAUAUUACUUUUCCCACUUUAUAGGGGAUAUUCGCUCUACAUAGUAAUUCAGUGCAUUGGGCACAAACUGUGUUUUUGGUUGUGCAUUUUGCAGUUGUUACAAACUAUGGGGGUUAUUCAAGCCGCAAUGCAACACGAUGCGACUGCAAUAUACCCGUGCAAUCGCAUUGCAUUUGCGGCAAACACCUCUACCUGAUUGACAGGUAGAGGCAUUUAUGGGGUGGACGGGGGCAGUGACUGACCAUUCUGGGGGGGGGCGGUGUGGGUCGGCGGCAUUUCCAAGGAGACUGUGUGAUGUCACACACAGCCGCUCCGAUGGAAGAAAUUUCGUCCACAAUUGCUGCGACCACAAUUCGAUUGCAAUCGCAACACAAUCGGAUUUCGAUCGCAGCCAUAGGGCGUGAGUUAGCAUGCUGGGCAGCCUUGCCCUGCCAUGGGCGGCCGCCCAGCAUGCUACAGAAGGGAUUGCAGAUUCUGCUUUUUAUCAUAAUCUGCAAUCUGUGCUGAAUAACCCCCUAAGAGAUUAUAGGCUUAUUUACUAAACAUCAGGUUUCAAAGCUGCUGAUUGUCGGAAGCGCUGACUGCUGGAUUUAAAAUGGUAAUAGCGAUAACAGCAAAACUAGCUUAAUUUAGCAUCUAUUAUUAUUGCUGUUUAAAUUCAGCGAUCAAAGCCGAUGAGAAUUGGUGGCCUGGAAACCCAGUUUAGUAAACAAUCUCCAGUGAGUGGGACAUGUAAACAUUGAAACUUUGCAGCCUGAAAAUGUAAAGCCUUUAUUAAACAAACAGUAUUAAAAGCAGGCAAAUAA